AUUGUGUUCUAGCGCGGUUUGUGAUUUUCUUCCUUACGCUACUGUAUGCUACCCUAGUAUACAAAGUAUAUUCUGGCUAGACGCGAACCUCCACAAGGUUAAAAUAUGAUACCGGCUUUGAUUCUUAAUUGUUUAUUACCUUUGUCGUUCGGUUUCGUAACUAGACACUUUCCGUGGUCAACCAUCAAGAAUCCGGAGUUCACAUAUGAAACAAGAUACUUUUGGACCAGGGUUGAUCACUUUUCUUUCGUAAAUGAUGACAAGUUCUUUAUCAAGUAUCUAAUUAACAACGAAUCGUUCACUCCGGGUGGCCCGAUAUUUUUUUACACAGGAAAUGAAGGUGCCAUAGAAAUAUUUGCAGAAAACUCAGGGUUUAUCUGGAAGCUUUCUCAAGAACUUAAUGCUUCUGUUGUUUUUGCCGAACACCGGUAUUACGGAACCUCUCUCCCAUUCGGGAAUAAUUCUUUCAAAGACCGUCAGCACUUUGGUUACCUAACUGCAGAACAAGCGUUGGCUGAUUAUGUACUUCUAAUUAAUCAACUAAAAGCUAAUUAUUCAUGCUUUGCUUCAUCACCUGUAAUCGCUUUCGGAGGAUCCUAUGGCGGUAUGCUCUCUGCUUGGAUCAGACAAAAGUACCCUAAUCAAAUUGCCGGUGCUAUAGCUUCUUCUGCACCAGUAUGGCUGUUUCCCGGAUUAUCUGACUGCAAUGGUUUCAGUAUGACAGCAACAAAUAGCUUUUUGAAAUAUGGUGGCGAGAACUGUGUGAAGAAUAUACAACUUUCCUGGAGUAAUAUUGUAGACAUAGGUCAAAGUAUUGAUGGGAAAGAAUUAUUAACCCACAUGUUUAACAUCUGUACGCCUUUAACUGAUGUUCAGAAUAUCAUAGACUACUUAUCCGAUUUUUUGGGAACGAUAUCUAUGGUCAAUUAUCCUUACCCAGCCAACUUUCUGCUUGCUUUACCUGAAUGGCCAGUCAAGUAUUUGUGUACCAAUUUAUCUGCAUACGACCCUCAACAACCUGUGGUAACCAGAAUAUCUUUAUUAGCCAAGGCUAUACUAUCACUGACAAAUUAUACUGGGAAUCAAACGUGUUUAGACAUUUCAACGAGUUCGCCAAGUCUGGACACUACUGGAUGGGAUCUACAAACUUGCAUGGAGAUGACAACACCUAUGUGUGCAUCAGGGCCGGUAAACAUCAUGCCUCCAUUAAAUUGGGAUCUUAAAUCUUUCUCAAUCUCUUGUCAAAAUCGAUUUGGUGUAAGUCCACGCGUUGAAUGGCCAAAAGUUGAAUUUUGGAGUAAAUCAGUACAUACUAUUACCAACAUAAUUUUCAGCAAUGGUGAAAUUGAUCCAUGGUCAGCAUUAUCAAUUACAAAUAAUAGUUAUGUCCCAUUUGCUACAGUCAUUAAUAUCUCUGAUGCUGCUCAUCAUUUAGAUUUGAGAACUCCUAACCCGGCUGAUCCUCAAAGUGUGAUUAAAGCAAGAGAAAUUGAAAAACAGAAAAUAAUCCAAUGGAUAAAAGAAUGGAAACUUAAAUACAAAUUAUUGAAAUUUUUCAAUAGCAUCAGAUCAUUCAUCUCUUUACUAGAUUACCUUGGCUAAUGUUUAAAGAAAUAUUUUUUAUUUUUUGUUGUUGCAAUUUUCAUGAUAAUAAUCCUAAUUUAAACUGACAUUAUAAUUUAUAAUCAAAUUUUUACAUCUUGAAAAGUAGUUUUUCAUGAUUGAUAUAAUUUACUCAUACAGUGUUCUUGGACGUAUUGGAACAAGUUGAAAAAUUCGUUCAUUUAAAUAGUGCAAACGGAUUCGUAAAGCGUAGUUAGAAAUAAUUGUUGGUUAUAAAACGUAAAGUAAACAACGCUCUAGUAGGUCUUUUUCUGCUCUGCAAUUGGUGAACACGAAGGUUUCAAACCAAAUGUGGUCAACAGCGUUAUGUACUGCUACCGUUAUCCUUAAAACGUUGAGAUCAUGUAAAGAAUGUUUAUAUUUGAUAGAGGAAUCAUACGUACAUAGCUUAUUUUACAACUUCAUAUUAUUGUGUUGAGUACAUUUAUCUUAUAUCUAUGAGUUUAUUAUUUUCAAAUUACGUACAAUACAUUGGUUGUCUUAACAGAUAAUGGUGUUGCAAGUUGGAAAUUUAGUGUUACGUACGCUUUAUUAAGUUUUGUAUGUGAUUAUAAGCAAACCAGAAUAAUGAAACCAACAAUGAAUUAAAUCUUAAUGCAUCGGCAUCUAAUGAUACUGUUUUCAAGAUAUUUCUGGCAUAUACUGGUAGUCAGGUGUAAAUAACUUGCCGAAUUUUCUCUGAAGAACUAAUCAAUAAUAAAUAUACAUAAUGAAAUAGGGUGUUGUGCACUUUGUUAGUAAAUGUAACCGAGUGAUUCAGUAAUUACUUAUCGACUUUCUGUCUUGUUUUAGUGGGUGGACCAAAUGUUUGCCAAUUCCACUUGAAGGCUAUGUAAAAGAUUGGAUCAAACCCUAUUGUGAUUUCUUAAUCUGAGAUAAGUAACUGUCUAAGGUUUACAUAAUAAUCACUCCAGACCAUAUUCAAGCUAUACAAUACGCACUUGUUGAUUUAGCAGCUAGUGUUCAAAGGUAUAGCGUGUGCUUUACACCUACAUCCAAAGUACUUUUACAAGAUUAGUAGGAGGUUGUGUUUGCACUCAUUCUUGCUAGUGAGCAGUUAGGAGUAGUCGAGUUCAUUUAUUUGGAUAGGUAUUUAAGUCCUGGUGAUGGUGUUGUUGAAGAGGUGAAUUUACAACGAAAACCAGAGCUACCUAUGCCAAUCUCGUUCAUCCUUGACGCCUUUAUGAUGUUACCCUGGCUGUAAAAGGUCAGAUUUACAAUGCAUCGGUUAGAGCAGUCUUGCUCUAACCUGACCUCCGAGUUCAGAGUGGUGAGCGACUCUGUGUUUGAUUAUCGUUGUCUUUGAAGGAUCGCUGACAGUGGCAACACCAGGUUAUUAUGCAGAAGUUUGGCAAUGUAUGUUCGAGCACUGACAAUAAUUCGAUUGGUGUCAACAUUUUGAAAUGCCGGCUUCGGUGGUUGGUUAUAUACUACGAAUGUCGUCUCAGCUAAUUCCACAUCGUACCUUACUUAUCAACGCCGGGAAUAGUUGGGGAAAGCGGAGAGGUGGUCAGCGCAUGUCGUGGUAUAAAAGGAAGUUAUACAUGACUGAUUUCUGUUUGGAGUCAUGGAGAUGGUGCAACAUAGUACAUAAGACGUUAUCAGAUAUUGGUCAAAAUAUAUAAUUAUUGAAAGCUUUUUUCAACUAAGUAAAGUGAACCCUUCGAUGGGAAUUGUUCACGUCUACAUACUUUGAUCAUAGGUUCAAGAUAAAUAGGAUUAUCAUGAAUUAUUUUUCUUAACGUUCAUAAAUUAUAAUACCCGAUUAGUUUGCAUAUUGAUUAAUUAAUUGUUUUCACAUAAUAGUGAGGGUAUUAGUGAAUUUCCCAGUAUUCAUGAUUUGGCACUUCACUAAUUUUUGAAUCGUUUAAAUAUUUAUCCGUUCAAGAUGAGUCAACUUUCAUGUGUUAAUACUAUCAAUAAAUAGUUAUGAUGGCACUUGAAAAUACGAACAUAUUUCAUGAUGUGAAAAGAUGAUGAAACCAGAAGUGAGUUGUAUAGCUUUGUCGAACUUCGCGAUUAAGGUUGAACAAGGCAUUUUGAGUUAUUAAAUCUCUUCCAUUGUUCAGUGUAUCUGACUUUAUUGCAAAUGUGAAGGCGUUUAUCCGUCACUUUCUGUCGAAUAACUCAUUUAUGCUCUAAGUUAAUUGUUAUAUACGGUAAAACUUGUAUACAGGAUAUACUCAAAAUACUUAACAAUAACGUCCAGAUUUUUAAAAACUUUAAGUAUUCAAUAUGUUAUCGUUAAUACGGUAGCCAAUCAUGAACUAUGUAGUGGAAUCCUAAUUGCGGAAUGUUUGGUGUUGUGAAAAUUCUUUAAAUAAAACCAAUGGGAUUCAUAUAUGUAAUAACUGAUUCUUUUCAAUAAACGGUGAAAUUAAAGAAAGUAGAUGAACUAUCUGUUUGAUACAAAUAAUCUGAUCUAAACAGGUGGGGACUGUACAAGGCUUGUUAUUCACCAUGUACAAAUUUAGUGCCAAGAUUAACAAAGACAUACUUGUUAUAGUAUUAGAUAAGCCAAAAGAUUUGAUGUGCUCUGACAAACAAAUGUUAAGAUUGGAGUUAUUGUGUAACAAACAGAAGUAGACUCAAUGGCAAAGCAGUUUUCUUGAGUCUCUAAAGUAUUCAGGACACCUAAAAAAUUGCGAAUCGAUAUUAUCCGCAAACAUUUAACAAAUUUUGAAAUGGCACAACCGAAAUCAAGAUUUUGAACUGUAUCUCAUCACACGUAUCGAUGGAAUUAAUUUCUAGUAAACCACUUAUCAAUAACACAUAUUAUUCCGUUGAAUUUAGUGUCACCUUUUAACUUCUAUUGGGUCUUAUCCAAAUGAUCGAGUUCUUUUUUUCUAUCAUAUUGAAUACCUCUUUUUCUUAGUUCUUCAUUAACAUCAAUAUAUAACCAUACGAUAUUGUUUUAACCGAGUGUUUUCUUGUAAAUAUCCUUAUAAGUUUAUUUUUAGAUCAGUAGAAUGAUGAUGGAGAGAGAAUGAGAGUAAUACAAAUCACUAAUUUAUUCGAAUUAUACAUUACGAUAAUUGUCA